AUGGCGAGGUUUCUUCUGUUACUGGGACUUGCCUUUGCAAUUUAUGAAAUUCCUCUACUUCCAAUUAUUGAAACUCCAGAAGAAAAAGUUGCAUACUUCAAAAGCAUAAAAGCCAGAAGAGAACAAAAAAGGACUUUUCAAGCUACGAGUGAAAUUUUCCUUACUAUCUCUUCCUUAGUGAGCAAAACCAUUGCAAAAUCUAAUUUCGGGAAAUUAAUCUAAUCCGUAAAAAAAUAAUAAAAUUGUAAUAUAGAGUUUUUCUAUAAAAUAGAUCGAUAUAUAGGCAGUAAUUACUAUAGUUAAUAUAUCUCGCUAAUUUUAAUACAUUUUGAUAGCUUGCAUUCUAAGGAAUAAAUUUUAUAUAUUAAAUUUUUCAUAUUAAAAAUUUUAUACAUAAAAAUUAACCCUGCGAAUUACAAGAAAUUUUACUGUCUUGCAGGAGGGAUUAGUAAUUAUUUAGAUGCCCAAUAUUAUGGCCAAAUAGGAAUUGGCACUCCUGCACAGCCUUUUAAAGUUGUUUUUGAUACAGGAUCUUCUAAUCUUUGGGUUCCUUCAUAUGAUUGCCGUACGACUGCUUGCUUUGUUCACAAGACUUAUAAAUCUUCAGCCUCUAGCACUUAUGUUAAAAAUGGAACAGCCCUUAAUUUGACUUAUGCCAAAGGCGCAGUAGAAGGCUUUAUAAGUCAAGAUACAGUAAGCUGGGGAGAUUUCACUAUUACAAAUGUGCUUUUCGGAGAAAUUACCAAGCUUGAUGGAGUCUCAUUUAUUGCAGCCAGGUUUGAUGGAAUUUUGGGUAUGGCUUGGCCUGCUAUUGCAGUAAACAACAUCCCACCAGUUUUUAACAUGCUAAACCAGCAGCAAAACUUGACUAACUAUCAGUUUGCAUUUUACCUCAGCGUGGCAGCAGGAGCUUAUGGAAGUAGACUUACUCUUGGAGGGUAUAACCCUGCCCUUGCUAAAACUCCUUUCCAAUAUGCUCCAUUAUCUAAUAAGACAUACUGGGAAGUAGCCAUCUCUUCUAUUACAGUUGGAAGCAACACUAUUGAUCUUACAGGAAUCCAUGGAGUUGUAGACACCGGAACAUCAAUUCUGAUUGGAGACAGAGUACUUAUUGACUUAAUUAGCGAAAAGGUCGGAGUAGUGAAGACUGAUUGUAAAGAUUUAAACACCUUGCCACCAGUCACUUUUAAUAUUGCUGGAAAUAGCUAUCCUUUGACUCCUCAGCAAUAUGUAUUGCAAGUGACUUCCCAAAACCAAACAGAAUGCAUAUCAGGGUUCGAUGCAAUGGAUUUCCCACCGUACUUGAAAAACACUAUCAUUUUGGGUGAUAUGUUUAUCAGGGCUUAUUAUACUCUCUUUGACUUUGCUAAUUCCAGAGUAGGUUUUGCUAACUCAUCGAAUUUAUUGGUGAUAUUAAUUUUAGCAUAAAAAUAUUGGUGAAUAGGUAGGUUGUUACAAAAAGAGGUAUUUACCGACUGUCAAAAUAUGUAUAUUUAAUAUUAAUCGAAGUAAGGCAGCUUAA